GACAGGAAAAGGAAGAAGAAUUUUGUUUCUAGUUUAGCAAGCGUAGCAAGGUGGCUGAUAUACAUUACAUAUUUUGUGUAUUUUCCACUUCUUACACGUUCUGGACUUAUUAAGUUGUUUGGAAACUACUAAGUUAGUAACAUUAUUUAGGGAAAAAACACAGACUCAUGCUUCAGUAGGUGGCGGUAAACUACCAGGGAGGGGAAAAGAAGAAGAAGCAAAAAAAAAAAAAGAAGCAUGGCUGCUGACAUGAGAUUACCAACUGUUCGAAAAGCAGUGUCCCUAUCAGUUUCUGCUUUCGACCGAAAGGAUCUGGUGGUCCCCGGCGAUGUUAUCACUUCAGACACUGGUUUCAUGAGGGGUCAUGGCACCUAUGUUGAUGAGGACAAGCUGACGGCUUCAGUCGCCGGAGAAGUACAGAGAGUGGACAAACUGAUCUGUGUCAGACCGCUUAAGACCAGGUUCAACGGUGAAGUUGGAGAUGUGGUGGUUGGCAGAAUAACAGAGGUACAACAGAAACGGUGGAAGGUGGAAACAAACUCCAGACUGGACUCCGUUCUUUUGCUGUCUUCUGUCAAUCUGCCGGGAGGAGAGCUGAGGAGACGAUCAGCAGAAGAUGAGCUCACCAUGAGAGAAUACCUUCAGGAGGGCGAUCUCAUCAGUGCAGAGGUGCAGUCUGUCUUCUCAGAUGGAGCCCUAUCACUUCACACCCGUAGUUUAAAGUAUGGAAAAUUGGGCCAAGGAGUGCUGGUGCAGCUUUCUCCUUCUCUCAUCAAGAGGCAGAAAACACAUUUCCACAACCUGCCAUGCGGUGCAUCUAUCAUCCUCGGGAAUAACGGUUUUGUGUGGUUGUAUCCCACACCGGAACAGCAGGAGGAAGAGGCUGGGGGCUUCUACACCAGCCUGGAGCCUGUCAGUCUGUCAGAUCGAGAGGUGAUCUCACGGUUGAGAAACUGCCUACUGGCUUUGGCUGCACACAAGGUCCUUUUGUAUGACACCAGUGUUCUCUAUUGCUAUGAAUUUUCAGUUCAACACCAGGUCAAGGACAUCUUGAAACCAGAAGUGAUGGAGGAGAUUGUAAUGUUGACGCAACAGAAGCUGUUGGAACAGGAAGGUUAAAGAGCAUAAAUCCUAACCGUGACCUUGUACACAAAACCAAGAUUGCAUCAAGCAGCUACGUCAGGGACCACCUAGCACCCUUCCUUUUGUGACAGUCUGAUGUUCACUUAACAUAACUGCUGAUUAUUGUUUGACUGCUAAAGGGAGGGAUGGGUAACUUUUACAAUUCCACAGCAUUCAUACAUUACUAGACCUGCUGUUCUUAUGAUUUACAGAGGUAUAUUCAAACACUUUUUUAUAAUGUGUGGUGUUAAACAAAACUGUUGUAUGCAAUAAAUGUUCUAUAAUUUUCA